GACCGGUCUGAGCAGGCCAAAGCACCAAAGUGCUUGGCGGCGAACUUGAAGUUGCUGGGCCGCAUGCUGAACACUUUCGGCCUGCAGCAGUCCGGCCUAUUUCGGCGUGCCAUAGUGCUGCCUCUGCUCCUCUUAGCGUGCAGCUCGGAGCACUCGAAAGUCCGGGCAGCUUCCGGCGACUGUCUCUUGCAGCUGUUGGCGCUGAGUGGUGGUAUGGAGGAGCGACUUUGGGAGCUCUUGCCACCCAAGGCGCGGAAGCGGAUCGAGGGCCUGGCUUCCAGCCAUGAGGGCAUCGCUUUGUUGUCUGCUGUGGCGUGCGAUGAGGAUGCCACCGCGAAGGAGGAUAUUGUGGCGGAAGAAAGCCGUGCAGGCUCCUUCGUCUGUGUGUCUGAGCUCAACCAGCAGGUUUGGGACUGCCUGCAGUCGGGCCAGGAAGUCGAGACAGUCACGUGCACCAGGCCACCUCCAGCGCCCGAGGGCCCUGAUCGAGCAGAUGACGGAGCAGCAGAGGCUUUGAAAGAGGCCUUUGCCAGCAAGAAUUGGCAGGAGCGGGCGGAGAGCAUCGGCAAGCUGGCCUCGGAGCUGCAAGUGGCCGGCGGUGGCGUCAAGUGCCUUGCGGAUGAGGGAGCGGGUGCCACUGGCCCGCUUCUGUCUCAAUAUGUCCUGUCAGGGCUGCGAAUCUCGAUGCUGCAGGCCCAGCUGUUGACGCUGCUCUCAGACUCCGUGACAGCCGUCUUUGUCGGUGCUUCGGAUCUGCUGCGGCUCAUCUGCAGCCAUGUGCCCCUAUACAUCGCUCCUCUCUUCCUCGAACCGCUGCUGCCUCCACUCUUCGCACGGCUGCUGGACACCAGCCAGAAGGUGCGGCAGAAAGCUGUGGAGACCACGCUGGAGGUUGGAGCUUUGCAUGGCAACGCCUUGAGCGAGCUGGUCGUGCAAUGCGUUGCAAGCGGCAGCGCUUGGACUUGUAGUUCCCAAGCAGCUGCGGAUCGGGGCAGUGACCGCAGCGCUGGACCGCGUCUCCAGCUGCUUGGGCAGAUGGUGAAGCGCGUGGAUCGCCCCUCGGGUGUCUGGUCGGCUGAGACCUGGGGAGCUCUGGCCGAGUAUGCUGUCAAGGCCUCGGAAAACAAGAGCUCCGACGUCCGAAAAGAGGCCACCAACGUCUUGAAUGCCAUGGCUCAGCUAGAAGGUCAGGCGAUGCAGAUCGCCGAGGCUGCUCUGGCCCGGCUCAAGGCCAUGGCGGAGGAGAGAGCGAGGCAAAAGAUGCGACCAGGCACCGGUGUCAGGCCGCUGACUGGAACAAGAGUAGGGACUGCGACUGGGUCUCGUCCGAGCACAGGUGCGCAAAGCAACUUGGGGGGCACAGGCAAGCUGUCCAACAUGGGAUCCACGGGAGGUUUCACCUUGACGCUGAACUCUUCAGGUCGCCUGAGCACAGCCAACCGAUCCAGAGCUACGGGCUCCAGCUUCCGCCCUGGUACUGGUCGGCCUGGAACGGGCAUGAGCAGGGCCAUGGAGGACGAGAGUGACAACUCGGUCCACAGCGAGGCCCCUGCAGUGGAGGCAGAGCCCGGCCCCGGCGGCUUCGAGGAUGAGGGCGUCAAGUUUUUCGAUGUCAAAAAUGCAUGCGGCGGAGCUGAUGAGGUACCAGAAUUGGCUGAGGGUGAGGCAGCUCUGAAGGAGGCACUACCCUUGGCCGAGGCUUUAGAUGAGGUUGCUUUGGACUUUGUGGCACCUCUGAUUGCACUUUUCGGAGAGGAUUGGACAAGGUGUUUUUAUAGCCGGAAUUGGCAAUGCCGAGUGGCAGCCCUGACGCAUUUGGCAGCAACAAUGGCCCAGCGGUUAGAGGAGCUGUCAACGUCAGAGGUAUCACCCAAUGUUCUUGCAGAACUUUUGGACGGAGCAAUGAGAGCUGUCCAUGAGGGUUUGGGAGACCAAAAUGUUCGAGUUUAUGCGGAAGCAUGCAUGUCAGUGACGGCCAUUGUGCCGUCUUUUUGCGGGACUGUCGAUGGACGGCUGCUAGUGGCGCAUCUUGCGCCAUUGCUGCGUCAGCUUUGUGCCCGCAUGGGCGACUCAAAGGAGGUCGUCCGCACCCAGACCACCCAGGCAAUUUUCCGUCUUCUGAACCCACCCACAGGGAACAUCGUCAGCCCUGUGGCCAUUGCAAUGCUAAUUUUGCGCCAUCUGAUGCCAAGCAAAGAGGAGGGCGACUCGCCAAUGGCCUCCGUUGCCAAAGGUGCCACGGGCAAGGGAGCCGCAACCGGAUGGCUUUGCCGGCUGGGAGCCUUGCGCGAUUUGUGCAAGGAGCAUUCCAAGUCCAUUGUGCAGCAUGCGGGCAGCAGUAGCCCAGGGGAGUGGGCGAGGCUCUCGGAUGGUCUGAAACAUUCUGACCCUACAGUGAGACAUGAAUCAGUCCGCCUCUUCGCCCUGGUGUGCAAGAUGCAUCUGAAGACCUUGGGCGAUGAGGAGGCCCAGCGACCUGGACGAGAGGCCUGGGUCGCUGCCUUGCCGGGGGAUGUGCCCUCCAAGUCUAUAGCGCAGGUGCGUCGUUACCUAAAACUUCCCGAAGAGGUCGAAGAAAACUCAGCGCUGAACCGCUCACAAAGAGUUGAGACGAUCACAGCGACUCCUUGGGAGGUGCCCUCGAGUCUAGCUGCCUGGUCGUCCUGUGAAAUAGAGGUUUUGAAUGUACUUGCAGCACCCCAGAGGGGCGAAGAGAAGGCCGUCAUUGCAGCGCUGAAAGCGUUGGGCAAGGCCUGCAAAGCAGAAAGGGAGAAGGAGAAAGCUCAGAGUGCAGAGGCGUUCGCAGGUAUCUGCCGGGCUAUACAGCAAGCCCUUGGCUUUCCUGUUGGCGCGGACCGAUUUGUAUUCCUCUGCGCUGUGGAGCUCUGCCAGCUUUCCGUGCAGCAGUUGGGUGCAAGCGUGUCCGGGCUUGAUCUCAACCUCGCCUUGGCAAAGAUCUUUCCAACGCUGAUGGAGCGAACAGCGCUCUCCGGCUUGGCAGGGGAUGUCAAGGUGGGUGUUGCAUCGGACAAGCUGGUGCAGCAGCUUGCAAAGCACCCAAAGGUGGGUUGCGAGGCCGUUACUAAGAUGGUCAUUGCCUGCGUGGCUCGUUCAGAGCGCCCGGUCCGGCCGCUUGUUCUGCUGCGUACCCUUCUGAGCGACUUCGGCCUCAGGCUGUGUGCGCAGAAGGAUGUGGUGAUGCUACUGCUAAAUGCUGUGGCAAGCCACCUGGAACGACUCGGCUCUUGCCUCAUCAACUGUGAUGUUUCGCAAUCCCGGGGCGAGUGCGCAGACAGCGGCGAAUCUGCAGAUUUGGGCAAUGCUGACAAGCAGGCUGAGCAGGCUGCAAGUUCCGAUGUGACGAUGAAUUUGGAUACUGGUGAAGUUGAAGACAUCCACGAAUCUCUCAGCCGUCUGACCUGGAAGCAUACAAGUUCAUUUCCUUCUUCCCCAGUCCCUUGGGAUUCCUGGUGGAAGCUGCGAAGGAGACGAAUCGAAUCAUUGUUCGAGGCAGCUGCAAAUGGAGACGCGGCUCGAAUAAACCUGCUUUGUCGCGAGCUUUCUCCAACCCCAUCAACUGUUGGAGCGGAUCUCUGCCACAAGUCAGAGGCCCCCAUUUCGCCAGUAGACGCGGCAGAAGGGGUCCAGACCGAUACACGGGGGCUGUACGGGCGCACAGCUCUACACCUGGCAGCAGAUGCAGGCCACCUGGACUGUGUUGAAACACUUCUCCACCUUCAAGCCAGUGUCGAUGCUCAGACGGAUUCAGGUUUCACAGCUCUCCACCUUUGCUGCCGGAGAGGUCAUUUGGCUGUCGCACAGGCGCUGCUCGCAGCUGGCGCGAGCUUUCUGCAGGCAGACCAGGGAGAGACAGCUCUGCACGAGGCAUCGGCAUCUGGUCGUUUCCAAGUUGUGUCCUUUCUCCUCCACUUCCCUGGCUCCCCACCGGACCUGCCGGAGAUCAGGAACCAUUUCGGACAAAGGCCUUGCGAGGUGUCCUGGGACGCGAGGACUCUGCGCUGCUUUCCGCAGAGCUGCAAGCUUCGAGGGCUGCACGUGCCUGAAGAAAACAACAGCUGCCACGACAGCUAUGCGGGCCGGAGGCUCCUGGAGUUUGGUCCCCACGCUGUGCUUCUACGCAGUUCGCGUCGAGAUGCCGUCCAACGGCUGCUGGCUGCUUCUGAAGCUCACCCCACAGCUCUGACUACGAAAGUGAUCCCAUCAACACGUACUUCACAGUCUUUCUUGAGGCUGCAGGAGAGGGAGCCUUCUGAGGCAGUCGGCCCUGACUCCUUUCGCCUGCUGUCCCUUCUGGGCAAAGGUUCCUUUGGGGAGGUGUUCAAGGUGGCAGACCGUGCAACGGGCCAGGUGUUCGCAAUGAAGGUCUUGCGAAAACGCAAGAUCAUGAGCAGAAACCUGAUGCGCUACGCCUUGACCGAGAGAAAUUUGCUCUCCUACAUCAGGCACCCCUUCAUCGUGAGGCUGUAUCACGCCUUCCAAACGCCAAGCUGCCUCGUACUCGUUCUGCAGUACUGCCCGGGUGGCAAUCUGUCAAUGCUCCUUCACCGGGAGGGUGCUUUGCCAGAGGUGCUUGCACAGCUGUAUGCCUCGGAGGUGCUUCUUGCCCUGGAGCAUUUGCACGAGAGACGGGUAGUCUACCGCGACCUGAAACCAGAAAACGUGGUGCUGGACGAUGAAGCACAUGCCGUACUCACGGACUUUGGGCUCUCAAAAGAGGGCGUUGACAAGUUCGGUGGCACAAAAUCCUUUUGCGGAUCUGUUGCGUACCUUGCUCCAGAGAUUCUUACAAGGUCCGGGCACGGACGAAACGUUGACCUGUAUGGCCUUGGUGUGCUUCUCUACGAAAUGAUGGAAGGCCAACCACCGUAUUACAGCCGAGACAGGGACACCCUGUUUCGCAACAUUGUCACUGCCCCGUUGCAGGCGCCAGCACGUUGCAGCUCUCGUUGCGCGGAUCUCAUCAAAGCCCUCAUGCAGCGCGACCCCGCAAAGCGAAUCGGCAAGAAGCAAACAUCGGAGGUGCGCUCACACCCCUUCUUUGCCGGAGUGGACUUCGAGCAAGUCCUUAAACGGGAGGUUCCUGUACCGCCUUUACGCCACUGGUCAACCUCCUUUUCAAUGCUGCACGCGGAGGAAAAGGUGGCCAGUCCAUUCGAGGGCAGAUUCGGGCGCAAGGUGUUCCGGUCAUUUUCUUCCACCCAGGAUAUUCAGGGUUGGGAGUUCUCCUUCAUUGACGAGAACACGUGCCUUCAAGCCUCCAGAAGCUCGUCCAAAUCGGUGGCUGAGGUUGAACUGCCCGGGAAGAGGAAACGGAGAGUACGCAGAAGUUCAACGCUUGGCGAUCUGCGGCGAGCUGCCAGCACUACCUUCAGAGCCUUCCUGUCCACCUGA